AUGGAACUGUUUGAUUUUUAUAUUUCAGUAUAUGGAUGGGCAGAGUGUGGGAUCGGUUUCAUGUCGUCAAUGAAGCAACGCUACCAAUCAACGGCGACCAUUCUUCCAAGUUUCCAGCAGAAAGUCGUGAGUUUGAAAAAUGGCAAGGCGGCCGGUUUCAUGGAAGAGGGUGAGAUCUGCCUACGGUCUCCAACCAUAAUGAAAGGCUAUCUUAACAAUGCUGAGGAAACUGCGAAAGUUGUCGACUCUGAGGGAUGGUUCCAUACAGGUGACAUUGGCUUAUUGGAACACAAUGGGCAGACUACUUUUAUCGAGCACAUAGAGGAACCUAUGCACGUCAAUGGCAGACUGGUGGUGCCUUCUGAAUUAGAACGUGUUCUUAAGAGCCAUAUGGACAUCCUGGAUGCUGCCAUAAUAGGAGUCGCCGACAACAAUACUGGAGAGAAACCGCGAGCAUUCGUGGUGUCCAGCAAUCCUCACCUUUCUGAAUCUGACGUCAAAAAGUUUAUUUACGGUACUACUCAUCCAGUACUUUCUAAUGAGGAAACAGAUCAUUCGCCGUCUCAUGAGGAAUUGAGUGGCGGAGUGGAGUGUUGUGUUCGUCGAUCACAUUCCGAGAACUCCGUCUGGGAAGAUUUUACGUCGUUUACUUCGCAACAAAUACAGAAAUCAUCGGAAUGGAUCGUCUACUCGUUAGAUGGAAGGCAAUCAAAUGUUCCACAUUGUUUCAAACAAUUAACUAAUAAUUAA